CCGAGCCGUGCCUUGCCGAGCUGUGCCAAACCGUGCCGAGCCGAGCCAGUGCGAGCGCCGCGAUGCUGCCGUGCCCCCGGCGGCGCUGAGAGCCGGCGCCGCGAUGGGCUGCGGGGGCAGCCGGGCAGACGCCAUCGAGCCUCGGUACUACGAGAGCUGGACGAGGGAAACCGAGUCCACCUGGCUGACCUACACCGACUCCGAGAGCCCCCCGCAGGAGCCCGGCGGCGCCGAGGCCGGCGGGAGAGAGCAGGGCGCGGGGCGCACCGGUAUUCUGGAGGAUGGAAAAUCAGCUCAGACGGGUGUAAGCACAACAUCAACCACGGCAGGGAUUCUGAACACCGAGAAGAGGACCAUCAGCGGUCCCCAGUGCACAAACCCCACGGUCCCCCCCGCUGGAGCUGUGCCGCAGCGGCAGAGCGGCUUCCGAGCAGCAGAGGGUAAACGGGACACACAGAAAAUGCCCACAAAAGAAGUCACCAUUAAUGUUACAAAAAACAUCAGACAAAGCGACAGAAGGAUAACAAAGAAUUGUGUCAAUUAACAAAGUAAAACGAAAGUGAGAAUGGACCUGAGAAUACUUCGCUGCACUUUAAAUGUGAUCAGUCACUGAAGAUUUGAAGAUCUCAAGAUGAUCUAUGUCGGAUGCAGUAGGCAGCUGCUGCUGAGUGCCUUCAGAAACAUGUUUUGUAGAAAACAUCUGCAGACACUGUAGGAUGUCGUUUGUCUAAAGCAGUGGCACCACGCAGGCAAACACCAAAAUCUGUGCCGUUUGUUUUUUACUAAGUGCUAUGUUAUCUACUUGUGUAUGUCCUGUUCUGCAUUGCUAUUGGGAUGAGACUGCAUGAUGAGAGGCAUUGUUCAUCUCAAUUACAAACAGAUAAUGAAGAAAAUGAAUCUGCAUUUUUAGACAUAAGGGGUGCAAGUGUGUACAUUCAAAUCUACAGAGUUCAUUUAAAGAGCUCACUUUCAUAAAAUUCAAACCCAGAUAUCUCAGAAAGAGACACAUAGGUGGCUUCCAUUAAAUCUCUUUUAAACUAUAUAUAUCAGUUAUAUAGAGUUAAGUCAUAUAGUAAUUUUUUAUAUAUUAAACUUUCAAUUACUUAGUUUUAAUUUAUUUUCUAUAUUGACAGAAUUUGGGACUUAAAAACAAUAACUUUCAUACUAAUCAGACUUACCUGAAGCUCCUAGUUUGAGCUGGCAAGUAAGAGUUCUGGCUAUUUUGGGUUUUUAAAUAUGGCCCUUUAAUUAUGUUGAGACCCAGACUGAAUUCACUAGACUCUGGGCAAAUAGUAAACACUAACAUUACAUGAAAAUAACCGUAACUCUUAAAAGAAUAUUUUGCCAAUGGCAGCUCAAAAAAUUAACUCCAUUCAAUCAGUUGUAGCUGGUUUGGUGUGCAGAAUGUAUUUAGUUAUAUUGUACACAUCCUGUGUCAUAGUAUUCCAUGUUUAUCAGAAAUAUACAGCUAAAAGGAAUAUAAUUUUUCAGUGUAGUGAAGGUCAGGAAUUAAUUCAACAUACUUCUUCUCAAUAUAGAAGUAAUAAUGUAUAUUCUCUGUGAAUUCGUAUUUUUAUGAAGACAGAUACAGCAAAUUUAUUUGCCUCCCCCACCAAACAUAUAUGGAUAUCCUUAGAAUAUGAAACAUUUGAAACAACUCAUUUGAAAACACUGCUCAAAAGUUGUUCAUAACAAACAGAUGGCACUGGAAAGGAAAUCCAUGUAUGAAAUGCAAGUAAUCUUUUUUUUUUGCAAUUGGGCAAAUCAUUAUAACUAGAACUGUGGGACUGAAUCCUAAUUUAUUCCAUAUUAUGAUCAUUUUAAUGACUUGCUGCUAGGUAUAUUAACACCUUCCAUGGAGUACAACACAUCUAUGCAAUAGGGAAUUGUUUAUUAAUUAUUCUAACACAAAGGCAAAGUAAAAUCCAGACUCAGUAAGAGAUUUUUGCAUACAAUAGAAUAUGUAUUUAUAAGAAAUAUUUAUUUUUUAUGUCCUAAAUGGGAACAAAAAACGUGUGCUAAACUUUCUCCAGUUCAACACAUUAUCUGAAAACCGAUCUUGUGCUGCAUAUUUACAUAAGACAACUAAAAAAUAUGGAAAAUAGUGUUGUACACAUAAGACAAGUACAGUCUGUAUACAUCCCUCCAGCUUGUGGCUCCCUGCCAACUUGCUUGCAACAUUAGAGGACAGGAAGGGACUUGACUCACUCUAACAAUAAACUGGCUGUAGCAGCCCAGCAAUAUUCAUCUGGAAAUGGAUAGCCAUUGUUUGUGGCCAUGUACUAAUCUGAUUGAAAGCACACAUCCAGGAUUCUGCAUUAUUUGUGCAGAGCAGACCAUGAGCCAUUUCAGGUCUGUGCCAAACUCGUAACCCGCUCCUGUUUCAAAGGAUUUACAUGCAGAAAGAGUACAGUAUAAACCCGUGUGACACAGGAAAGCUACAGAAAGGAAUUGACGAUGUUGGUAUGUGUAAGGGUACAAUGGAUUUUGAAAGAAAGCAAAAGGGAAGUUUCAUUACAUAAGAAGCUGUUCCACAGAGAGGUGCCUUGGACAGUUAUGACAUUAGGGUGAGCAGAUACAAAGACAGAGGGGUGCUGGCAGUGAGGUUAUUUACUAGCUAAGAAAUCUCUUCAGACUGAUGUGCUGACCAGAUGCAUCUGAUGUCUGAGGUCACACAACAAAAGAAAGGUGGCAACACAUAGGUAUGAGUGAUAGCCCUAUCUGAAUAUGAGUAGUCACUAGGGAGUCUUCUGAGUCUCCUAUUCAGAGUAUGAGAUAUGACAGGGUGGUUAGCAGGAGCCGGCAUUGGUAUCUAAUUACCUGUGCUUAUGUUCCUUUUGUUGACCGCGUCCCCCGUCAGGGUGGCAGCUGUGGAGCCACAAAGGCUGAGUGCCCUGCAUGACCCCUCUAUCUGCUCUUGAUAACUUUCCUGAGCUACUUCAAGGUCAUAACUCCAGGACAUUCAAAGACUGGAUUCAGCCUUUGCAGUAUGAACCAUGUCUAGUUACAAGCAACCUCAUAAACUCUUUUCCUGUAACACGUUACCAUUCUUAUUCAUUAAGUGGUAACUGAAGAGAAACUACCUUAUGUCUAAGAUGAUAGUUUGUUAGCUCUUGAUGCGUAAGUUCCCAAGGACCUUAAUAGAACUAACAGCAAGUUGUGGAGACAUGAAUCCUGCCUCUCUACAUAGAUAGGGUUAUAUUUAUGUUUUCUUUACUUUGCCUCUGCUAGAGACAACUAGUAGCAGAGAUGGCUAAUUUGCUUAUGAAAUAUUAUACCACUCUGUAUAAUUAAGGGUGGCAGAGUCUAGCUCAAGACUAUACUGCCCAAGACAACUUAAAGUACUAAAAAUAUAUUCCUGUGUUGGUUUUAGUGGAAGAAGUAAGCUUAAAGAGUCAUCUGGACAUCUUCAUUCCUAGUGGCCUUUCUUGGAGUGAAGAGUCUUACUUUCAGGGUCUGUUCUUCAAGUAGUGUCCUGAAAAUAUAAAUGGCUCAAAUACAGCAAGUAAAAUAGCUCUGUUAGAGUACACGUGUUUUUAGAGAAGAGCCUGCCGACAUCUCUGUCUUCCUACAUGACAAGAUUUUUGAAAUGUAAUUUUCUCACAAAAGAUAUUAUGCCACCUAAUUUGUUCCACGGUCCUCGGCUGCAGAGAAGGAUAUCUAAAACUGCGUUGAAAAAACACACUUCCUGCUGAAAUUAUUUGCCAACCUUGGAUGAGUUUUUAUGAUCUACCUUAGUUCAAGUUUUAAAUAGAAACACACUUAUUUUGUCAUGUUUCCACAAUGCCAAUACGACAUAUGGGUAGGGAUUUAUUCUGGUAUGUAUAUUUAUGUAAAAUAUAUUUUCUUCUAAUAUGUGAGAAAUGUAACCACUCAGAAGAAAGUGGAUGUUGGAUAAACAAGAGAGAGAAUUCACAGUUACCAGCAGAGAGCAUUAGGCAAUUCCCCUUCUCAGUGACUCAGUGUAAUUUUAUCUUUCACUGUUCCUUCAUCUUGUCCCUCAAGCUUGCUCACUAUAUUUCAUGAUUUCACCAUUACUGCGUGACAUUGACUGGAAGACUCACAAUUCUACUGUGCAACAGCAAAACCUGGGACCUUUUACUAAAAAGUAGGAAAGUACAAAUAUUGUCUAAGCAAUAUGUAAGUGCUAAGUUAAACAUACAUUUUUGAUAUCUAAAAGAAGAAGAUCACGUACAAACCAGAAAACAUUUUUUUUUAAUCUUUCUCAUAUGUUGAUAUACAUAUAAAUCCAUUUGUGUAUGUCUGUGUGUGUUUACGUUGUUGUGUCUUUAACGUGUACUUCUGUUCUGCAAUUCGUGCAUGGUUUUUGUGAGCCUUUGAGUUGUGUUUUUGAUUCUGACACCCAAGUGUAAAAGGUUUUAAUGUUUGAAUUGAAAUCUGUUUUACAUGCCUUCUGAAAAGAAAGAGCUGUAUAAUCUGAGCACAGAAACAGUGUUUGAAAAAGCAGACUUAGUUUUCUUUGGAAAUAAUGAAUAACCCAGUUAAAGAGGGAUUCAAACCAGACUAAAAAGAGCAUUUUUGUACUCUCAUUUUAUCUGCAAAUUAUUGAAGAUUGACCUUGAACUUGAAAACAGAAAUAAAGACAAAAAAUUAAGCAUC